AGCAGAAACUGUUUACGUUACACUCGUAUAUGGGUUAGGGAGUGAAUAUUGAAGUGUGUCGUCGUUGAGAAGUGUGAGCGAUAACACGUCGAUGGGAUCUAUAUUGACAGGCGAAAACCAUUGGCCAGAAAAGCGAGAAAAUAACAUGCCACCGCGCUGGUCUCGGUGGAAACAAAUAUGCAUCGGAAUUUUAAUAAUUUCUUGCGCAGCUGAAUUAACUAACGGUCAAGGAACGGAAUUCAAUCUCGUCGAGACAGAAGAUGGCUUUUACGUCAGUGUCAACGGACUCAAAGUACUUGAGCAUUCCCCGUCGAAUCCGAUGAUUUUCGUCGGGACCGGAGAAGCGACAUUCAAAGAAGAAAUCGGAAAUUUCCUCGUGUACGACCCAGUUCAAGAGCGUAUCCCGCUCGACGGGUUCCUGUUUUCGGAAACCCAUUCCGAUGGGACUGUGGAGUAUCAAAUGUGGCACGACCCCGACUUCAGGGCCGGGGUACAGUAU